UUGGGCGACCUGACAGUAUCCCAGCCCUCGUGCCUACUUCGGGUGCAAUGGCAGCUAGGCACCAGGAGGGUGUUACAGCUGAACAAGCACACCCUGGACGCAGCUGAACCAUCACAUUUUUUAUGUCUGGAGGCGUUCAGACACGAAAAAUAUAUGUAUAGAGAUCUACAAGUCCCCAAGGUCACCAUCGCUACACUUUCCGGAUUGCAACAUGCGACCAGCAUAGUGGGUGUGAAUUUGCCCACGACAGGAACAUCACCGCAUGCUGGAAAUAACGAACAAAUACAUUGUGUUCUCAUAUGUCCUGAUAACUGGCCCUCCGUAACCUUAUCAUUUUGGGCACUUUGUCCGCUAACUCUAGUUGUGUUGCAAACGGUCAUGCAAAAAUCCAUAAUACUAAUUAUUAGGCGGCCUAAGUGGUUAGAGCGCGAAUUUACUGACUGGAAGGUCCGUGGUUCGAACCCGACCUCUGCCUCUCGACUUCCCCUGUGUAGGCUUCGGCGACCCAGCCAUCGUGCUUCCUUCGGA